CGCCCCAGCAGUUCCCCCUCCCUGUGCUCCGCACCCGCCUGCCGGCUGUGCCACUUACACUGCCCCCCGGGAGGGGACCCAGGCAUCUGGAUCCCUCCCCGACAGGCCUCCACGUCGCCGGCCCGCGAUGGCCAAGCGCAGCUCACUGUCUAUCCGAAUCGUCGAAGGGAAAAAUCUACCCGCCAAGGACAUCACGGGCAGCAGCGAUCCCUACUGCAUCGUGAAAGUGGACAAUGAACCCAUCAUCAGGACAGCCACUGUGUGGAAGACCCUGUGCCCCUUCUGGGGCGAAGAGUAUCAAGUGCAUUUACCCCCCACGUUCCACGCGGUGGCCUUCUAUGUCAUGGAUGAGGAUGCCCUUAGCCGGGACGACGUUAUUGGGAAGGUCCGCCUCACAAGGGACACACUAGCCUCUCACCCAAAAGGAUUCAGUGGAUGGGCACACCUGAUGGAGGCAGGCCCCAACGAGGAGGUGCAGGGUGAGAUCCACCUGCGCCUGGAGGUGGUGCUGGGGACCCAUGCCAGCCCCAGCCGGCUGCGCUGCUCAGUGCUUGAGGCCAGGGACCUAGCCCCAAAAGACCGGAAUGGAGCAUCUGACCCUUUUGUCCGAGUGCACUACAAUGGCCGGACGCAGGAGACCUCGGUGGUGAAGAAAUCCUGCUACCCACGCUGGAAUGAAACCUUUGAAUUUGAGCUGGAGGAGGGAGCCAUGGAAGCACUGUUGGUAGAGGCCUGGGACUGGGAUCUUGUGAGCCGGAACGACUUUCUUGGCAAAGUGGUGGUCAAUGUCCAGAGACUGAGUUCAGCCCAGCAGGAAGAAGGCUGGUUCCAGCUGCAGCCUGAAGAGUCCAAAAGCCAACGUGGCGAGGGCAACCUGGGCUCCUUGCAGUUGGAGGUGCGGCUGCAGGACGAGAUGGUGCUGCCGUCCAUCUGCUACCAGCCUCUCAUACAGCUGCUGUGCCAGGAGGUGAAGCUGGGCACCCAGGGCCCAGGACAUCUGAUUUCUGUCAUCGAGGAGACAACCAGUGCUGAGUGUCGCCAGGAAGUGGCCACCACCUUGCUCAAGCUCUUCAUGGGCCAGGGGCUGGCCAAGGACUUUCUGGACCUGCUCUUUCAGCUGGAGCUGGGCCGCACCAAUGAGGCCAACACCCUCUUCCGGAGCAAUUCUCUGGCCUCGAAGUCCAUGGAAUCUUUUCUGAAGGUGGCAGGGAUGCGCUAUCUGCAUGGCAUCCUGGGUCCGGUCAUUGACAGAGUGUUCGAGGAGAGGAAGUACGUGGAGCUGGACCCCAGCAAAGUGGAAGUUAAGGAUGUAGGGUGCUCUGGGCUGCACCGCCCACAGACAGAGGCUGAGGUGUUGGAGCAGAGCGCACAGACGCUGCGUACCCACUUGGUGGCGCUGCUGAGCGCAAUAUGCCGCUCUGUUCGCGCAUGCCCAGUUGUGGUCCGGGCCACUUUCCGCCAGCUGUUCCGGCGCGUGCGGGAGCGCUUCCCGAGCGCCCAGCACCAGAAUGUACCAUUCAUCGCUGUCACCAGCUUCCUGUGCCUGCGCUUCUUCUCUCCCGCCAUCCUGUCGCCCAAGCUUUUCCAUCUGCGAGAGCGGCACGCAGAUGCUCGCACCAGCCGCACGCUACUUCUACUGGCCAAGGCGGUCCAGAAUGUAGGCAAUAUGGACACGCCGGUCUCCAGGGCCAAAGAGGCGUGGAUGGAGCCACUGCAGCCCGCUGUGCGUCAAGGCGUGGUGCAGCUGAAAGACUUCAUCACCAAGCUGGUGGACAUAGAAGAAAAGGAAGAGCUGGACCUACAGCGGGCUUUGAACUCCCAGGCCCCGCCUGUGAAGGAGGGACCGUUGUUCAUCCACAGGACCAAAGGCAAAGGCCCUCUUGCGUCCUCGUCCUUCAAGAAACUCUAUUUCUCUCUUACCACCGAAGGCCUCAGCUUCGCCAAGACAUCCAGCUCCAAGAAAAGCGCCUUCAUCAAGCUCUCCAGCAUCCGGGCUGCGGAGAAGGUGGAGGAGAAGAGCUUCGGCAGCUCCCACGUCAUGCAGGUCAUCUAUGCGGAUGACGUUGGCCGGGCCCAGACUGUCUACCUGCAGUGCAAGUGUGUGAAUGAGUUGAACCAGUGGCUGUCUGCGCUGCGCAAGGUGAGCAUCAACAACACGGGCCUCCUGCGAUCGUACCACCCUGGCAUCUUCCGUGGGGACAAGUGGAGCUGCUGUCACCAGAAGGAAAAGACAGAUCUGGGAUGUGACAAGACCCACUCUCGGGUGGCCUUGCAGGAGUGGAAUGACCCACUGGACCAUGACCUUGAGGCUCAGCUCAUCUUCAGGCACCUGCUUGGUGUGGAGGUUGCCCUUCGGGAGAAGCACCGGCUCCUGAGUGGAGAGAGAGAAGCAGACGUCUCACACACAGGCCACCAUGGAGCUCCCGAGGACCCAUUGGCCCGGCUUCUUAAUGUGCUGCGAGAUCUCCGAGAAGCCCACAGCGCCAGUCAGGCGGGCCCUCCGCCCAGAGAGCCCCAUCAUCUUCUGAAGCUCCAGACGUGAGGUGGCCUCGGAGCCCCUUGUCAGGUGGUUGGAGACGCCUGACGCGCUCCCGAUUCCUGUCCCAGUCAUCUCUCCUGGGGAGGGCUGUGGCCCAACAUGGUCUUCCCCAUGUCGAUGGGGGACGACAAUGGUGGCACCUGCUUCUUCGGGAGACCUGACUGCUCCUGUAGUCCCCCCAGGCCCAGACUCUUCAACCGAGGACAGACCCAACACUAGGAAGCGUGGAACCCAGGAGACCUGAUUGUCCACCUUGCACUGCUUUAUUCUCAGCCAUCGCCACUGUCGCCACUGUCUGGCCUCCUAGGCCGGGUGUCCCGGUGCUUUACUGUCACUAAUAAACAUGCCGUGACC